AGAUGGUUGCUCGGGACUUCCAAGUUGAUUUGAAUAAAGCCCUCGUAUUCCAGGUUGGCCAUCUUGGAGAGGCAUAUCACGAGUGGGUUCACCAGCCUAUUGUCUGCACUGAAGGCCCUCGAUUUUUUGAAAAUGAAUUUUUGGAGUUCUUUACCCGCACUGUGUGGUGGGCAGUUCCUACCAUAUGGCUUCCAGUUGUGUGUUACUCUAUCUCCAAGACCGUACAGAUGGGCCAUACCUUUCCAGAAAUAGUUCUGAUGGUUCUUUUUGGCAUUUUGGUGUCGACAUUGCUUGAAUAUACAAUUCACCGUUUCCUUUUCCACAUUGAAACCAAAAGCUACUGGGGGAACACCAUACAUUAUGUUCUCCAUGGCUGCCAUCACAAACACCCAAUGGAUGGUUUGCGACUUGUUCUUCCUCCGAUUGCAACAGCUAUUUUAUGUCUUCUAGUAUGGUAUAUGUUUAGGCUUUUAUCACCUCCAUCAGUUGCUCCGGCUUUGUUUGGAGGAACCUUAUUGGGAUAUGUAGCAUAUGAUGUCACUCAUUACUACCUUCACCAUGGGAAGCCAUCUAAAAGAUUGACUCAAGAUCUGAAGAAAUAUCACAUGAACCAUCACUUCAGAAUUCAAAAUAAGGGAUUCGGGAUCACUUCCUCCUUAUGGGACAAUGUUUUCGGAACAGUGCCUUCAACAAAAGCUGCUGAGAAAAUGAGUAAACAGUAGCACUGGCUGGGUUAACAUGGAUCUUCUUGCUACUGUACUAGUAACUAGUGGGAACAAGAGCAUUGUAAUGUGUCUUGUAUCUUUUGAUGUGCCUCCCAUUUGGUUUUUGAAAGUGCAACAAAAUAAAAUAAAAUUUGGUUGUAAUAUAAAUAAACAUUUUAUUCAAAAAAAUAUAUAUAAAUAAACAAUUUUCUAUGGUUAA